AUGAAAAUUGAGAUUCGUCUAAUAGAAGUUUAUGGCGAUUAUGAACAAGUGGUAGAAAUCGAAUCAGAUGGAGCAUCACAACAAUUUGCAGGAAGUGGUUUAAAUCUUGAGAAAUUAUGUAUUAUUCCAGGUUCUAGUAAUCCUUCAAUUUUCAUAACUACGCGUGCAGUAUUUUAUAUUGCAAGAGCACCAAAAACUAUUAUUCAAGAUCAUGAAGAUUGUGAUAUUGAGUUUAAUAUAUUAAAUGAUGAUGUUACUUUAAAUAGUCGGUAG